GCGGUAACUAGUGACGACCAAAACACUGGUAGGUCAACGUGUGAUUGCUUUUGAGUAGCAAAUGACAGAAUUCUCCUUAUUUUCUUUAUUCCUAAAUUAAUACUCAGUUAUGAAAGUGUUUGGAGCAAUAGUAGAGGACAACAGCAAAGACGAACUAAACAGAUUCAUGUACAAAUAGCUAGCUAUUAAGGUGAGUUCUCCAUUGUAUGUACACGUUUUGUAACUGUUUAGCUAUGGCUACUUGUCAGUCAGUUACCGGUGUAUGUAUGUAUAUAUGCAUAUGUCCAUUCGUUUCUACUGGCAGUAUUUGCUCUUGAAUGCCACAACCUCAAACAGUCUAAAUAGCCCAAAGUGAGUGUCAUAGAAUAAUCAGCAACAGCCUAGUUUUUGUUCUGCCUUGUUGAAUUAACUGAAAUGUGUCACAAAUCUCUAUUGAAUGCCUGUUUAUCAUAGUGUCCUCUAACGUUACAUCAUUAACAGACUCUCUCCCCUAGAAAAGGGACCAGUGCCAGACAACCAUGGGACCCUCAGUACUCUUUCCUCUCCUCCACCGCUUGUCCUCCCUCUCCCUCUUACGAACUGUCACCCCAACAUGGGGCCGAUGCCUCCUCCACCGUCUAGCCCCACCAUCCUGCACUCGUACCCCCUCUUUCCCUGGGCUUAACUCCCAACACAUCCGGAGUAUGUGUGUGGAAUCCACCCUAAGCCAUAUCAAGGAGCUGAGUCCACCAGAGCAGAGGCUGUUGAAUAAACUGUAUAAAGGACUAAUCUCAGGUCAGCGGGCCAGUCUGGCUGAGUCCAUUACCCUGGUGGAGACCCAGCACCCCAGGAAGAAAGAGCUGGCCCAGGUCCUGCUGCAGAGAGUACUGGCCUACAGGAAGGAGCAGGAGAAACAGAAUGGAGGGAAACCCCUGGCCUUCAGAGUGGGUUAGUAUGUGGAUUUGUUAUGUUCAACAUUGUUGUGUCUAUGCCCAGUACACAGAAUGCACACAGACCUAAUAAUAUGUGAACAUUUAAACAUCUGAACUAGUGGCUUGCUUAGAGUUGGACUACUUGAAUUGGUGGGAUGCAAUGUGAGCUUUUUAUUGAAGAUUUUUCUAUUCAUACAAUUGAGGUAGCUAAGUCUUAAAAGACCAUAUGGAGAAGAGUGUGGGCUUGAUGUGCGAGCCUGUUUGUUCUCUGUGAGGUGACGUCUGUCUGUCUGUCUGUCUGUAGGUCUGUCUGGCCCACCCGGAGCUGGGAAGUCCACCUUCAUUGAGGUGGUGGGGAAGAUGCUCACAGGACAAGGACAUAAAGUCUCGGUUCUGGCUGUCGACCCCUCAUCCUGCACCACAGGAGGUAUGUCUCUACAUCAUUCUACAUAUUCAUUGCUAUGUUUGUGAAUGGUAUUCCAUGGGGCGGCGCACAAUUGGCCCAGCGUCGUCCAGGGUAGGGGAGGGAAUGGCCGGCAGGGAUGUAGCUCAGUUGGUAGAGCAUGGCGUUUGCAACGCCAGGGUUGUGGGUUCGAUUCCCACGGGGGGCCAGUAUAAAAAAUAAUGUAUGCACUCACUAACUGUAAGUCGCUCUGGAUAAGAGCGUCUGCUAAAUGACUAAAAUGUAAUGUAAAAUGUAUUUCAUCAGUGUUGUGGACUAUAUGUAUUGGGUUAAAUGGGUCCGUUAGAAUGCGUUGUAAUGCCAGACAGAUUCUUACACCGUAAUAUAUGAGAUUUUGGAAACAUUUACAUAACUAUUCCUCCUUAUGCAAUGUUGUUCAAUAUAGUUUCCUCACCACAAGAGGUUGGUGGCACCUUAAUUGGGGAGAACGGGCUUCUGUUAAUGACUGGAGCGGAGUUUGUGGAAUGGUAUCAAACACAUGGUUUCCAGGUGUUUGAUGCCAUUCCAUUUGCUCCGUUCCGGCCAUUAUUAUGAGCCGUUCUCCCCUCAGCAGCCUCCUGUGUACCUCACAUAUAUCUUCUUCAAACUAGGCAAAGGAUUAUUAUUAAAUAUUGAUAGCUAUACUGAUAUACUACCACUUUUAUACUUUGUGUUGGUGUUACGCGUAAAUCCUCCCCUCUCUCCAGGGUCUCUGAUGGGUGACAAGACUCGUAUGACUGAGCUCUCCAGAGACAUGAGCGCUUUCAUCAGACCCUCCCCUACCUCUGGAACACUGGGGGGAGUCACCAGGACCACCAAUGAGGCCAUAGUACUCUGUGAGGGGGGCGGCUACGACAUCGUUCUGGUAGAAACUGUAGGUGAGGAACCCAACAGAUCAGUUGACUGUUUAAAAGCCUCAAAAGGAACAAAUCUUCACCUGCGAUAGGCCACCUGCACAGUUUUUAUUGAACCAGAUUUAGUCUCACUGUGAUUCAUGCUUUGCAUCUUUCACAUCACAUGGUUUAUAAAGUCUGAAUGGUAUGAAGAAGAAAAUGAUGAGAUUACAUAACAUAGCUGAUAAAGUUUAUGAAGAAAAUUCCUAGCGUUUCAUAAAUACUUAGUUUCAUUGUGUGUUGUGUCCUCAGGUGUGGGCCAGUCAGAGUUUGCAGUGGCUGACAUGGUGGACAUGUUUGUGUUGCUGAUCCCACCAGCAGGGGGCGAUGAACUACAGGUCAGACAGGCUGCACCACCAUCACCAUCACACUCCCCAGUUACAAUGCCAUUAAAGAACCACUCUGUGAUAUUUACAGACAUUUUUGAUCAUUUAAAUGAAUAAUAUAUCCAUUGAUUCUUGAUUAAUAUAAAUGUCUCAUGAGCUUAGUUCAACUCUUUAAAGUGCAUCCCUGUUUCCUCGCUCCUUUCAUAUUUGGAAAAGAAACAAAAUGGUUUCUUUCCACCCUGUUGUCUUCACUUAUCCUUUCUCAGGAUGCAUUUUUAAGGAUUCAAACAGGAUCACAGACUGUGACUGUCCAUCAAUCAGUUUAGAUAUAUAGACAUAAGAUUUACAUCCAAUUUCCCCUCUGGAAAUCAAUAAAGUUGAUUCAAAUCAAAUCAAAUUGUAUUGGUCACAUACACAUAUUUAGCACAUGUUAUUGCGGGUGUAGCGAAAUGCUUGUAUUUCUAGCUCCAACAGUACAGUAAUAUCUAACAAUACACAACAAUACACACAAAUCUAAAAGUAAAAGAAUGGAAUUAAGAAAUAUUAGGAUGAGAAAUGUCGGAGUCCGGAGUAUAAAUAUAUAUAUAUGUGUGUGAUGCACAGGAGGUUGGUGGCACCUUAAUUGGGGAGAACGGGUUCAUGGUAAUGACUGGAGCAUAAUAGGUGGAUUGGGCUCAAUUACAUCACACACAUGGCUUCCAUUUGCUCCGUUCCGGCCAUUAUUAUGAGCCGUUCUCCCCUCAGCAGCCUCCUGUGAUGUGAUGUAUAGACACUAUAUGGAUAGAAUAUCUAGUAUAUCUGAAGAAUAGUAUACGUACAACAAUAGUUAAAGAGGAUGGCCUUGACUAGAAUACAGUAUAUACAUAUGAAAUGGGUAAAACAGUAUGUAAACAUUAUUAAAGUGACCAGUGUUCCAUUAUUAAUGUGACCAGUGUUCCAUUGUUAAAGUGACCAGUGUUCCAUGACUAUGUACAUAGGGCAGCAGCCUCUAAGGUGCAGGGUAGAGUAACCGGGUGGUAGCCGUCUAGUGACAGUUUCUAAAGUUCAGGGCAGGGUACUGAAUCUGAAUCUGUGUGUGUCUUCUCUAUUGCCAGGGCAUUAAGCGAGGCAUCAUAGAGAUGGCAGACCUGGUGGUGGUCACUAAAGCAGACGGAGACCUGUUAAUUCCAGCCAGGAGAAUCCAGGCAGAGUACACCAGUGCUCUGAAACUGCUCAGGAAGAAAUCAAAGUCCUGGAACCCUAAGGUGGGUAGUAUUGGGUUUAAUGUUUUUUGUCUGAGGGGUAGUAGGAAGGGGUAAAACGUAUAUAAAAGUGCUUCAAAUAGCUGCUCAGGAAGAAGUCCAAGACCAGGAACGUGGUUAGUUUUGGGUUAUGUGUGUUUAUGCUCAUACUUUCAUUCGCACAGAAUUAAGAAAUAAAACCCCAAAAUGAUCAAUAAAUGCAUACCUACAAAAAUGCAUGUGACAAAAAAUUGCAAAACAUGACAUAAUCCAUGUUACCUGUUACCUGGGGAAUAGAACUCCAGGCAACAUGGUGUUGGAACCUGAUAUUUUUCCUCAUUUCCUCUAUUGGAGAGAUGUGUUACAUUUCCACUGAUAAUCCUUUUUUGGCGCCCAUAACUCUCCGCGCGCGCACCCACAUCACCAGAGCCGACAGGCCGUCCCACUGCACAACGAGGUCAGCUGACCCGGGGGAGGGGGAUAAUGUGAUGUCAUCAUCAGGGCACUCUAGUCUGUCGCAGUGUUCCGGGGGUGGGGAGAGGGCGCUCUCUGCAUGCCUCCCCACCCUGGGCUAGCGUUGUCUCUUUGUCUCUUUGUCUCAGACCGACCGCGGCCCAAUGCAGCAUCUGCCCACCUGGCACCCUGCCAAAGUCCCCUACCGCCACCCACACACCCUUCCUCUACCUCCCCACCCACCCUUCCUCUACCUCCCCACUCUGAAUACAGAGCUGCUGUGUCAUGUAUUUUCCUGAUUAGCAGCCCACCCACUCAGAUAAAAGGCUCCCAGACCUGUCUCGCUCUCUGGUUCUCUUUCUCUGUCUCUCGGUCUCGCUCUCUCUCUCUGUUUUUCUGUCUCCAUUUUUCUCUCCACCUCUUUCUCUCCAUCUCAACUCUCUUUUUCUGUCUCAAUUUCUCUCUCUCUCUCGCUCUCUGGCCCUGUUCCUCUCUCCACUAGUACCAGAGGCAGCAACACUUACUUCAGGACAGGAGAUCUCCACCACAGUGAUUUUUAAUGGGUCUCCACAUGAUUCCUCCUCUGCCAGAUCUCAAUAUUAGGUUAAGGGGAGAUGGCACUUUGGAAGGCUCCCUUCUAGCAGAUUAAUCAUUUUGACUGUAACUUUGUAAGACAUUUCUACAGUAGUUCACCAUGUCUAUUGGCACACUUGAAUUGUAACUAGACCAAUUAGAAAUGACAAGAUAUAAUACAGCUUGAUAGUGUGUUGUACUAUAGAAUGACCCCUAUAUCAUUGUACCAUUGAGAUAUGACUUAACAGUUUCCUUUUUGUAGUGCCGUCACUCUCAUUCAAGCACUGGUCAAUACUGAGUUGUUUAGUCCUUAAAUCACUGGUGUUGUCUGAACAGGCCUGAGGUGAAUAUGUGAAUACAGAGACCCCACUGGGUGUGAGAUAUCUGUGGUGUGUUACUGUGCCUGCAUGGGCGUGUGGGGGAUUGAUUACCAACUACAUGGGGGUCCACACGUGUGUGUGCGUGCAUUCGCGUGUUCGUGCGUGCUUGUGUGUGUUCAUAUACACUACCAGUCAAAAGUUUGGACACACCUACUCAUUCAAGGGUUUUUCUUUAUUUUUACAUUAUAGAAUAAUAGUGAAGACAUCAAAACUAUGAAAUAACACAUAUGGAAUCAUGUAGUAACCCAAAAAGUGUUAAACUAAUACAAUUAUAUGUUAUAUUUCAAAUUCUUCAAAUAGCCACCCUUUGCCUUGAUGACAGCUUUGCACACUCUUGGCAUUCUCUCAACCAGCUUCGUGAAGUAGUCACCUGGAAUGCAUUUCAAUUAACAGGUGUACCUUCUUAAAAGUUAAUUUGUGGAAUUUCUUUCCUUCUUAAUGCAUUUGAGCCAAUCAGUUGUGUUGUUACAAGGUAGGGGGGGGGGGGUAUACAGAAGAUAGCCCUAUUUGGUAAAAGACAAAGUCCAUAUUAUGGCAAAACACCUCAAAUAAGCAAAGAGAAACGACAGUCCAUCAUUACUUUAAGACUAGAAGGUCAGUCAAUACAGAACAUUUCAAGAACUUUGAACUUUUCCUCAAGUGCAGUCGUAAAAACCAUCAAGCGCUAUGAUGAAACUGGCUCUCAUGAGGACCACCACAGGAAUGGAAGACCCAGAGUUACCUCUGCUGCAGAAGAUAAGUUCAUUAGAGUUACCAGCCUCAGUAAUUGCAACCCAAAUAAAUGCUUCACAGAGUUCAAGUCACAGACACAUCUCAACAUCAACUGUUCAGAAGAGACUGUGGGAAUCAGGCCUUCAUGGUCGAAUUGCUGCAAAGAAACCACUACUAAAGGACACCAAUAAGAAGAAGAGACCUGCUUGGGCCAAGAAACACGAGCAAUGGACAUUAGUUUGGUUCCAAACGCUGUGUCUUUAGGACGUGGGGUGGUUGAACGGAUGAUCUCGGCAUGUGUAUUUCCCACCGUAAAGCAUGGAGGAGGAGGUGUUAUGGUGUGGGGGUGCUUUGCUGGUGACACUGUCUGUGAUUUAUUUAGAAUUCAAGGCACACUUAACCAGCAUGGCUACCACAUCAUUCUGCAGCAAUACGCCAUCCCAUCUGGUUUGGGCUUAGUGGGACUAUCAUUUGUUUUUCAACAGGACAAUGACCCAACACACCUCCAGGCUGUGUAAGGGCAAUUUUACCAAGAAGGAGAAUGAUGGAGUGCUGCAUCAGAUGACCUGGCCUCCACAAUCCCCCGACCUCAACCCAAUUGAGAUGGUUUGGGAUGAGUCGGACGGCAGGGUGAAGGAAAAGCAGCCAACAAGUGCUAAGCAUAUGUGGGAACUCCUUCAAGACUGUUGGAAAAGCAUUCCAGGUGAAGCUGGUUGAGAGAAUGCCAAGCGUGUGCACAGCUGUCAUCAAGGCAAAGGGUGGCUAUUUGAAGAAUCUCAAAUAUAAAAUAUAUUUUGAUUUGUUUAACACUUUUUGGGUUACUACAUGAUUCCAUGUGUUAUUUCAUCGUUUUGAUGUUUUCACUAUUAUUCUACAAUGUAGAAAAUAGUAAAAAUAAAGAAAAACCCUUGAAUGAGUAGGUGUGCCCAAACCUUUGACUGGUGCUGUAUGUGAGAGUGUCUGCCAGUGUAUGUCUGUAUGCACUGUGUGUGUGGGCUUGUGUUACUAUCUUCGUGGGUACCGGAAAUCCCAAAAGGACGAAGGGUAUUUUAAGCAUAGGGUUAAGGUUAGGGUAAGGGUUAGGGAAAAUAGGUUUUUGCAUGGAAAUACAUUUGAGGUCCCCACAAGGAUAGUAGAACAUGCUGUGUGUGUGUGUGUGUGUGUGUGUGUGCGCUUACUGGUCCCUAACCAUAUAUGCUGGUUGUGUCUGUGUGUAUGGUUCUCCCCACCAGGUAGUGCGUGUGUCAUCCCAGACAGGCGAGGGCGUACCAGAGCUGUGGGGUAAGAUGGAGGCGUUCCGCUCAGCCACCCUGUCCAGCGGGGACUUCCAGACCAAACGUAGGGCCCAGCACAAGGUGUGGAUGUGGAGCCUGAUCAAGGAGAAUGUCCUAAGGCACUUCCAGGAACACCCUGCCGUCAGGGGGGAGCUACCCAAGCUAGAGGACAGGGUCACCAGGGGAGCUAUAUCACCGGGCCUGGCGGCUGAUCUGUUACUGAAGGCCUUCACCUCCUCCUCUUCCUCCUCCUCACAGUGA